UGUCGUGUGUUCGUGGGGGCUCAGGGUCGGAGCCCAGAGCAGCCAGCACCAUAGCGUCCAACAGCUGGAACGCCAGCGGCAGCCCCGGGGAGGGGCGGGAAGAUGGCCAGGAUGGCAUGGACAAGAGUCUGGACAAUGAUGCCGAGGGUGUGUGGAGUCCGGACAUUGAGCAGAGCUUCCAGGAGGCGCUGGCGAUCUACCCACCCUGUGGCCGGCGGAAAAUCAUCCUCUCGGACGAGGGCAAGAUGUACGGUCGUAACGAGCUGAUCGCCCGGUACAUCAAGCUGCGAACGGGAAAGACACGGACGAGGAAGCAGGUGUCCAGCCACAUACAGGUUCUAGCUCGGAAGAAGGUGCGGGAGUACCAGGUUGGCAUCAAGGUCUCUAGCCACUUGCAGGUUCUUGCCCGACGGAAAUCUCGUGAGAUUCAGUCCAAGCUGAAGGCCAUGAACUUGGACCAGGUCUCGAAGGAUAAAGCUCUGCAGAGCAUGGCUUCCAUGUCCUCUGCGCAGAUCGUGUCAGCCAGCGUCCUGCAGAACAAGCUCAGCCCCCCACCUCCUCUUCCUCAGGCCGUCUUCUCUGCUGCCCCCAGGUUUUGGAGUGGGCCUAUCCCAGGACAGCCUGGACCCUCUCAGGACAUUAAACCGUUUGCACAACCAGCUUACCCCAUCCAGCCACCCAUGCCUCCAUCACUAGCCAGUUACGAGCCCUUGGCUCCGCUCCCGCCAGCUGCAUCAGCCGUGCCUGUCUGGCAGGACCGCACCAUCGCCUCCGCCAAGCUCCGGCUUCUGGAGUACUCCGCCUUCAUGGAGGUGCCGCGGGAUGCUGAAACGUACAGCAAACACCUCUUUGUGCACAUUGGCCAGACGAACCCCUCAUACAGCGACCCACUGCUGGAGGCCGUGGACAUCCGCCAGAUCUAUGACAAGUUUCCUGAGAAGAAGGGUGGCCUUAAGGAACUCUAUGAGCGUGGGCCCCAGAACUCCUUUUUUCUCGUCAAAUUUUGGGCUGAUCUGAACAGCACGAUCCAGGAUGGGCCAGGGACCUUCUACGGUGUCAGCAGCCAGUACAGCAGUGCAGAGAACAUGACCAUCACAGUAUCCACCAAGGUGUGCUCUUUUGGGAAGCAGGUCGUGGAAAAAGUGGAGACGGAGUAUGCACGUCUGGAGAACGGACGGUUCAUCUACCGCAUCCACCGGUCUCCCAUGUGCGAGUACAUGAUCAACUUCAUCCACAAACUCAAGCACCUCCCAGAGAAGUACAUGAUGAACAGUGUCCUGGAGAAUUUCACCAUCCUGCAGGUUGUUACGAACAGGGAUACCCAGGAAACCUUGCUCUGCAUUGCCUUUGUUUUCGAGGUCUCCACCAGCGAGCACGGCGCCCAGCACCAUGUGUACAAGUUGGUCAAGGACUAGGGGCACUCGGGGACAGGCAGGGGCACAAAGGGCAUGCAGGGGAGGGAGGGGGCCACGCAGAGUAGCCGCCCGUGCCUGUUGCCUUGUGAGAAGUCAUCUGAAGAGAGGAGGAGGAGGAAGAACAACAAUAGCCAAAAAAGACUGACUUGUGAUUGCAGAUGUUUUCUACUUAGGAACAGUUUUUGUUUUUUUUUUAAUAAAUGAAAAAAAAAACCAAAAAAACAAAGAAUGGGAAAAGAAACAUAGGGAGAAAGGAAACCCACAUCCGGUGCUGGAUGAGGAGAGACCGGUCCUCGGUGUUGCUGAUAAAGGCCAGGAUCCCACCGUGCCGUCACCAGCGGGAUGUCGGAGCAGAGAACGACCCUUUCUUUCACCCCCACCCUCACUCAGAAGUGGUCCUGGUCCUGAGUGGAGAGGAGUGAGCACAGAUGGGCUGGAGGAGGGGCAUUGCACCAGGUCUGGUCCAAAACUGAUUGGCAUGGCAGCAUCAGUGUCAUUGGCACAGCUUGGCAGAGCCCAGGUGGCAGUGGGGACCUGGGGACAGAUCUGCAAGGCAGGAGCAGGGCAGAGCAGAGUGGAGGAGGGGGACAUUGCUGCCUCCCUGGGGCUGGCAGCCGGGAGGCUUCUCUGUGUGCAGUUGGGGCACUGGGAACCAGUGGCAGUGAAGGCAUGAGGGCAUCAACAAUGCAAACCAUGUUUUUUUAUGGCUCUUUCUUUUUUUCUUUUCCUUUUUUUUUGUUAAAGUGCUUUUUUAAUACUUUUUAAAAGGACACCGUGCUUGUAAUCGGGAUGAUGACCCUCUGCAGUGCCUGGGCCUUUGCCCCGUGCCGUGCUGGUGACCAGCAGAGGGGACAGCAGAGUUUACUGGGUUGGAGGCAACAGCGGAAUUACCAGGCACGGGGAGUGGCUUGUGUAGGGAAGGCUCAGGAUGUUUUCAUCUCUGGCUGGUUUUUGUGUGGGAUCCCCUGAGCUCUGUGUGGGCUUUCAAGGAUAGCGCUUGGGGGUGGCCCAGCCUCAAUGUCCCUGCUGUGGUCACUUGCUGAGGAGUCAUGAGUAGAGAGCAGUGAGGUUAGAUUUGCCUGAUUUACUUUGCAUAUAUACAUUUUCUUUGUUUCGGUUCUUUUUUCUUCACCUUUUUUGCCUUUUUUCUGUGUUGACUGUUCUGGAUUGCUCUGUCCACUUGCCUGCAUCCUGUGGGAAGUGGCCAGAGAAGUGGCUCGUGCAGGGAAAAGCAUAUUGAGCAACAGAGGCUGUCAGUGGGCAGGGUUUAGGACAGAGAGGACAGAGACAGAGAGGGGACAGAGAACAGGAAGGAUGCCAGGAUAAGGGACUGGGUCUGCUUGUGGGUAUUUUUGUGGCUGCAGCCCAAAGUAAGCCAAUGCAGCAUGCCCAGUGCUGAGGCUGCGACUGCAAGGACAGAGGCUGGGAAGAGCAUCCCCGAGGUGCAGGAGGGGCACAGAGAGACAAGGUGGCAUGGAGCAAGGUGGCAGGAGGCUGGUGGGGGACAGGGAGCCCGAGGUGGCCAGGUCUGGACGGGUUUCUCGUGUUGGCAGGGGAGCGAAGGUGGCAGGAAAUGCAGAGACCAGUGCUGCAGGGGGGCAGGAGUGGUUUGAGGGGGGCUAAAGCCCAGGAUGGGGAGACAGGGCAGGUUUAGGCUCAAUGCUGCCAGGUGCAAAGGAGCAGGAACAGCCUCAGAGCCCAGGAAAGUGCCUUGGCUGCCACUCUGAUGCCUUGUGUCUGGUGAGGCAUGGGGACUUUGACCUCUUGCUGCUGGGAGAAGACACCCGUCCCUGUGGGACAGUGCAGAGCCAUCCUGGCCCCACGCCCAGCUGAGGGCUCUUUGGUGGGACUGGACUUAGGCAGCUGCAGUGAACAGGGCGAGAUGGAGCAGGGUGGAAAGAGAGAGGGAAAAAUCCAAGGCAAGGCACUGGCAUCCUAUCCCAGUGCUGUGCCAGGGCUGCCUGGCUGAGUUCUCAUAUGUAGCAUGUUUGUUUGUUGUUGUGUUGUUGUUUUUUUUUUUCUUCUUCCCUUUCACUCACUGAUCUGAAACUCUGGGAAUGAAAACUCAAAACUCCCCCACCAUAAAACACCGGUGUGCCCCACUCCCAGCCCCAACCAGGGACAAAGCUCUUCAUUAACUGGACUGGUUUGUGCCUCCACCUUCCCUCCAUCCCUGCAUCCCUCCAUCCAGCCUGCACUGAGCCCCAGGGCGUGCACCCACACCCCAGGCACAUGCUGACUGGUGCCCCCAGCAGCCCUGGCCGGGGUUUAGCCAGGAUCCCAGAGACACUUUCUCAACUCCCCUGCCCCCCGGCCCCUCUGUUCUCCUCCAGUGUAUUUAUGAAUUUCACAUGAAGUACUGUUUUAUUUUUUUAAAGACUUUGUAAAGCUUACCAGGGUUACAAUCACCAUUUUUAGAGCUGUGUCAGUCCACAAUGUUAAAAAUCCAAUUUUUUAUGUAUUAUAUUUUUUGUGUAUUUUUUUUAAUCCAGCUGUGAUGGGUUGUAUCAUAUAUUUGUUGUGUUUACUGUAUCUGUCCAACUUCAAAGAGAGGAGACUGUAGAGCUCCGAAAAAACUACAGUCUGCUAAAUAAAUAUUAAAAUUAUUUGUUCAUGGGUUGGCUCAA